GUGCAGUGCAUCAUAUUUUUUUUUGCUGUUACAAAAAUAACUGGAAUCAACUGGAAAUAAUUUGCGAGCAAGACAACAUUUGCAACGAGACGCGAAACUUACACAUUUAGUCUUGCUUUGUUUUUCAUUCGAAGCACUUUGAAGUGGAACAACUGGACACGAGUGACUUCGAAAAAAAAACGACAAUUUAAAAAAAAAUACUUUUCAUCAAAAUUUGAGAACAAUGUCGAUCGAUAUAAAAAGUGAGAAACAAAGCAAGAGAGAUGGGAGGGAAAAGGUGGACAAAUUUCGGCGAUUCGCCGCUCAGUUUAUCGCAACAACAGCCGAAAAUUUGCUGUUAUUUGAUAUGGGCUGUUGUCACGCUUUCCCCUUCUUAAUAAUAGCUGCUCUCACCGGCCUAACCAAUAAACACAAUUUAAACGAAACACUCUCCGUUACGGCAGUUGAGGCAUCUUGGUUGGCAAGCAUUGGGUUUGUUUUCGAAAUUUGCGGAAGUAUUUUUUCAGCGCUUAUCACUGACGCACUGGGUCGAAAAUUUGCGAUGAUGAUCGUGAACGUUCCACUCGUGAUCGCCUGGUUUAUGAUGUAUACUGCCUCAAACACUUUUCAUAUUUUCAUUGCCAGCAUUUUACUUGGUCUAGGUGCUGGAUUGAUGGAAUCACCGAUCAUCACUUAUGUUGGGGAAAUUUGCGAACCGACAUUUAGAGGCGUGAUGGUCGCUUACACACACGUUGGUUGGUCACUUGGAAUGAUUUUGGUUGCCACUUUGAACACAUUGAUGCCUUGGCGGAUGGUGGGUCUUGUUUGUAUGAUUGUCCCAAUAUUUACAACAAUCGCGCUUAGUAUAGUGCCCGAAACUCCACUCUGGCUACUUUCCAGAAACCGCCAAGAAGACGCAUUGAAAAGUCUUCGGUGGUUGCGUGGCUGGGUUCACAAAGAAUCGGUGAAUCAAGAGUUCCAAGAGCUACAACGCUACAGCGAACGUUACAAGUCGUGCGAAGUGUGUAUCAAAAAAGAUCUAAAAUGUAGUCAUCCAUUGCCAACAUUCUACGAAAGACUUCAAGAAUUAAAGCGAAAACCAACACUCAAGCCGUUUACCAUUGUGAUGAUCCUGUUCGUUAUAUCAUCAUUUGUGUCAACUUUCAGCAUGUCAUCGUAUAUUGUACAAAUUUUGAAAGCCUACAAUGUACCAAUGGAACCUGAUCAAGCGGCGGCUGUGCUGUCAUAUGUCAAUAACCUGGGCAAUAUUUCAUUUUUGUGUUUGAUUCGUUUCACUGGAAAGCGAUAUCUGUACUUAACAAUGAUGACACUGCUGCUUUUGAGUGCCGUGACACUUUGCGCAUAUGGAUUUUUAAUCUUGCCAAAUGGAUACACUUCGUUUCCGGAUCUUACUCCAAACUUUGCAUUAGAAAACAAAACACUUGGUUACAUACCGUUUUUCUGCAUCAUAGUCACCAAUUUCUGCAUGUAUUGUGGUAUAAACGCGAUGCCAUGGCAAAUGAUUUCGGAAGUGUUUCCAUACAAAACGCGUGGAAUGGCCACAGGACUUACUGCUGCAUUGAGCUAUGUGCUUAGCUUCGUUUCAACAAAAACGUUCUAUAGUUUGGACACAACGCUAUCCAUGCCGGGCGUAGCUUUGUUCAACUGCAUUAUGAUUGUAUUUGGUUUGAUAUCGAUGUACAAAAUAUUGCCGGAAACUGAAAAUCGCACAUUGGAGGACAUUGAAAUGCAUUUUGCGGACAAUUCGAAGAAAAUAACCGAUCGUAAAAUUGACCAGAUGUAUCCAGAUGCGAACGUAAAAGAAAGCAAUGAAAUGCCAACGAGAUCCAGUUCAAUUGUUGGCAUUGACGAACAAUUUAAACCGAAUAAUUAACAUAGCUGUGAUAAUUAUGGAUUUUUUUUAACUUUUCAAGUUAGAUAGUUUAAGACAGUUUAGAAACAGAAAAUAUGCAAUUUUUAUAGAUUUUUUUAGAUAGUAACGACAAGUUUUUUUUUUCAACAUUUGUUUGGAGAUUUUCUCAAACAUUUCGUUUGUUAUAUAUAUAUAUAUAUAUAUAUAUAUGCCAAUGACCUAAGGUAAUAGAAUGGUGAAUGCGUUCACACAAUAAAAAUUGUCAUUUGUUGACUCUUGAUAACACACAUAUACCACUAUUUAUAUAUAUUCAAAAUAACUUUUUUUUUUUCAUACAAAAUAAAGACAAACAUUGUUUUGAAAUUUGAUCGAUUUAACAC